CCUACUCAAAAAUACCCACAUUAUAUCGCUUUGCUUCAGAGAGGCAUUCAAAAGAACUAACUUUUUUAGGGCACUUCCCUGUGCAUUCUGUAUCUAUAGAAGUGACUGUAAUGCCAUGAUACAUGAUAUUUCUCUCAAAUUUAAUCAUGCAUCCCACACAGUACUGAUCUUGGCUCAAGUUUUAGCUUGUCUCUAAUGAGCCCAUGUGAAAAUUGACUAGAACAUUUCUAUAGAGAGUGAAAAUAAGGAUAGAAACGUAGUUUACGCAAGUGCACAAAUGCUUGGCUAAAACAAUGCAUGCUUAUGGUCCUAUUGUACAUGCACUCUUGCGGUACUGUGGCGGUAACAAACCUCAGUAUUCAAUGGGUGAUAGAGUUACCCUCAGUUGCCUGUUAAAGCAAACUACAUGUACUAUAAUCUAGGUAGUUGGCUAUAAACAAGUGGAAAGUUUAACUAACUUUCCCAGCAGCAUUCUUUGCAAACUGUUGCUUCAGGAUGACAGUAGUUGACAAAAAGGUAUGAAUUGCAUUCUGACACAUUUCAGAACACAACGAUGCAUUAAAUCAAACUUGCGUUUUUGAGUGUUUGAGUUCACUAAUUAAUGUACAGUAUGUUUCAGGACAGAAGCUUAAAAGUUGCAACAGCAAUAUUUGGUAUGGGUUAGGGUUAGGUAAGUAUAUUUAUUAGAAGUACAGCCAUAAAGCAAAGCUUUUUCUUCCAUUUAUCUUAAUACACAUUUUCUCUCUCAAUAUAAUAUUGUUUAUUAUUAUUAUGAAAUAUUAAAAAUGUUGACUGCAUGCAUCAUCUCCAGUAUUUCCAUAUGCGUAAUAUGAAUAUAUAUGUCAUGAGAUAAUAUAAAGUUGGCUUUAUGUUUUCGCAUUGGGUGACAUUUGCAUCAUAUGACAAAUUUGAUGCUCUAAAUUACCCAAAGCUCGCACACAGUUAUUCAGAGUAUGCAGAGACCUUGUAUGGGGGGACCUGCUGUUUCAAGGCUCCACCGAGGUAAGUUGGUGUUAGGACUCAAGGAUAAAUGGCCAAAAGUCUGUUGUCUCAGACUCGUUCCACAGGAUAUUUAUAGGCUCUUAUCCACUUUCCAUUUGGGCUAGUUCUUCUUCCAUAUAUGCUUUCAAGAGUUUAUUUUGUAGCUUUAAGGGAAAGAGGUUAGUUGUGUUCAUUUGUUUGUGUGUUGCUGAGCUUGUAUGGUAUGUUCAGGAAGGAAAGAGGAGUUGAGAUCGAGACGAUACUGUGUUCAUCCCCUACCCUGCAUCUCUCUCUUUCUCUCUUUCCUUCUGUUUGUAAAUGUCGUCUCAUUAUCACUAACAGCAGGAUUUCCUGUGCCUAAGUUGCUCUCUGCUGUGCAUCAGUAAUGCAGUAAUUGUGUAUUGUGUUGUUUCUCUACAGAUGACUGUGUGUAUUCUGCGAUUAAUUCCACCUUUAAAUUAAAAUAUUUUUCCCAGCAAUGUUGCUAUAGGGACAUUUUCUGUGGUAUGGCUUGUAUCCACUGUCUGGCUAUGUUCACGAUGGAGUUCUUCCAUACUGCAUAAUAUACUGCAUACUACACUCACAAGCACUUUAUUAGAAACACUAUGGUCCUAAUAAUGUGCCCAACAUGGUCCUCUGCUGUUGUAUAUGGGGUUAUCUGAGUUACCGUAGCCUUUCUGUCUGCUCAACCCAGUCUGGCCAUUCUCUGUUGACCUCUCUCAUCAACAAGGCAUUUCCAUCCUCUGCACUGCCGCUCACUGGAUAUUUUUGGCACCAUUUUGAGUAAAUUCUAGAGAAUGUUGUGCGUGAAAAUCCCAGGAGAUCAGCAGUUACAGAAAUACUCAAACUAGGCCGUCUGGCACCAACAAUCAUGCCACGGUCAAAAUCACUGAGAUCACAUUUUUUCCCCAUUCUGAUGGUUGAUGUGAAUAUUAACUGAAGCUCCUGACCCAUAUCUGCCUGAUUUUAUGCAUUGCACUGCUGCCACACGAUUGGCUGAUUAGAUAAUCGCAUUAAUAAGGUGUACAGGUCUUCCUAAUAAAGUGCUCGAGUAUGCAAUAUACUGAAAAAAAUUUUAUUAUGUAAUAUGACGUUCCAAACACGCUUUACUCUGACAUUGGCAAAAACCCUGAAACAGGCAACAAUUAGGACCCAGCGAGACAGGAAUGGGAAACCAGAAAGGGAGAGGCACUCUGUGGGAAACAAGCACCUGAGUGAGGUGAUGUAACAGGUGCAUUCAUCAGCUUACAAGUGAGUCAGCAAAGGCAGUGGAGCACAGAUUCAUUUGCCUUAAGGAUCAUUAUCCUUUUGUUUUUUCCUUGUAUGGCACUUUGUUUGGACUUCCUAUAGGCCAUGCCCACUUUCAAGCCCCCUUGAUCUAUUUCUCUUUUUCCACACGCUUGCUUUUACUAAUGUGUCUUUAUCUUAAUGAAAAGCAAGAAUGGGUUUAAACCUGACUUUACUUGUGUGGAGCAGUUCACAAGGAGAAAUCUGCAGUCUUUACCCCUUCACAGCCUCUUCAGAAAGGAUACAUUGUGCUUAAUUUCAACUAUUGACUUCUUCUCGAAUGCUUUUUAUUUGUUUAACGGAGGCCUGUUGUUUGUGCCUUCAAGGAGAGGAACAUAAUUACAUCAUGCUGUUUUAUCCGACUUAUUUUGAAAUUUUGCAACUGGAUUUUAUACGUAAAUGAGCUCUGUAUUGCCGUUAGUACUCGGACAGCAUCUGCGUUGACCAUGCCUCAUUGGCGCUGGCUCCCAGUAUCCGUGUAAAUGUGUGUGUAUGUGUACUUAGUCACACUUUCCUCUUUAUCUUCUGCAAACAACAGUGAAAGGUAGGCACGACAGCAGAUGAAUGAGGAAAUGUUGGGAAAAAGUGUGCGAAAAACACAAGUGAGGUGUGAGUGAACUGCUGUUUGAUCUGCCAUUCAACCUCAAAUCUUGCACAGUUCUGUUAUUUUUAUACGCACAUUCACCCUUGGUGUAUUUUUACACUGUUUUAAGUUGAUUUCUUGAAGAUCCUGCCAUUGUCAGUGUACUGGGAUGUCAUGUGGAUGUUUUUUUCCCCCUGAGAUAACGUCGUUAUGAGACUGUAAGGAGGGAGGAGACUGUGUGGCAAGGACAGGAAGCCUUGUGCCAUAUGUCCAUAUCAGACCUGGACGCAACACACCACACACAUACAUAAUGUGCCUCCCAGAGGCUGUGCACAAAUUACUUCUACCACCCCCUGAAUGGAACAUUUUCAUCCAAUCACGUUCAAGAGGGGAGGAAAUGCAAGGCAGUGGUUAGUCUUUGAAUUGGUGUAAAUUUAAAGAAGAUCAAGUCACCAGUUAAUGAGCUUAUAGGGCUGAUGGAAUUCACCGGCACCUGCUUACUCUGAUGGCAAAAGCACAAACUGUACUAACUUCCCCUUACUGGUUUAAGAGUGGAAUUCCAAAUUUCACAUCCUCUUGAUAUUGAAAGAGGACUUAAUCGAAAAGAGACAGCAACAGAGAAAUGUUUCGAGAGUGAAAACUUCCUCUGAAUUGGAAUCAUAAGACUCCAAAGCAAUCUGCAACAUACCAUCUCAAGUCCUUGGCAGCGGCUUGUAGAUAUUUGUGUUUGGAUACUUAUUAAACCAGGAACAGUCAAGCUUUAAUUCUUUUCAACUCAGUUUGGUAUUUUCUGAGAAGAAAAAGAAGGACAGUGAAGGCUAGGGUAUAAUUAAUUUUUCCGUGUGCCGUUACAUCUUUUGCACAGUUGAGCACUCUUACCUUUCCAAGUUUAGUCUUCUGAACGAAAGCCCAUACUGACGUGUUUGACGCAUGCACGCUACAUCUGCUUUGCGAUGCUCUUUUAGUAGUCAACGGCAGGCGCAUGUCAAGGCGACAUGCAUAGACUGCAGAUUGUUGCUGUUUCUGGAAAAACUACGGUGUGCAAUCACAAUACGCAUACUGUGCUGAUGACGAAAUUUACGUCACGUACACAAGACAUAGUAGUAUGCAGAAAACUGAAGAACACUUUGGCAAUUAGAUGAGAAGAGAGACAAAAAAAAAAAAAAAGACAGAACUCACCCAUGUGAGCACGGUGUAAAGGGCAAUGGUGCGUCAGAAGUGUAGAGUCAUGGUUUGUCUGACGAUCCCAAACUUCCCCUGCCUUUCUUUCGGUUUCCAGUGAUAACUACCCACAUAGUCCCAUGAGGCCGUGGGUGUUAAUAUCAACCCUUUACAUGCUGUAUAAGCAGCAUGCUAUUCUGGAAUUUACAGUAAGCAGACAAACGGACAUUUGAGUGUAAGUUCUAUGGACAAAAACUCUGCCUACCUUAGGAAGCAGUGGAUGACAAAAUCAGGUGUGUUUGCGUGUGAGUUCCUCCAUGGUCCCCCCCCCCCGCAUUUAUUUCCCGCCUCAAGGGGCCGGCUUUUAUCCGUAGGAGACUAUCAGCUGCCCAGUCUCAACAGACUUGUCAAAGAGUCAGCACUCUUUCUACUCCUCCUCCUUCCUUCUCUCAUUUCUUGAAGCUCACCUGUCUCACUCAGUACUCCUGGGCUCAUACUGUACGUGCAUUUAGAAACGUUGCCAUGAUGAUGCAGGAAGUGUCUAUAAUGGUAGCUUACGACGCACAUGUUAUCAAUCAGAUCUAUGAGGAGGACUUUUUUGCCAGUCUGGUGGCCGACUCCAAACACAAGCCAGCGGUACCAACAAAGAAGCUUAAGAAGUUUGAGAAGGAGUGUCAGUCUCUGAGAGAGAGCCAGUUACAACAGGAAGACCCCAUAGACAGAUAUCAGCUCAGAACUGUGUAGCAGGCUGCACUGAAUCCCACAAACUCUGUACAUCAUACUCUCAACGGAGAAAGAGAGCGAAAUGUUUGCGAGACAUUUGUUGAACAAAUUGUGAUGGCUGUUUUGUACGAAGUGUGGAGAAACGCUUGCGAAGCUUUAGUUAAACAGUUAUUUAACAUUGUAGAUGCUGAUGCACGAAUGUGUUGUGAAACUAUUGCGAAACAUUCGUUGAACGAUUGUUUACCACAUUGUAGAUGCUUGUUUUUUACGAAGCUAUCAGAUAUUUUUUUUUUUUAUAUUUAUGUAUUUUGAGAGCCUUUUUAAUAAAUUUCAAUUUUAUUUUAUAAGCUAAAAAAGAAAACAAAUAAUUUUAUAGAGCAGUUUGCAUAAUAAAAUCAAAUAAUUGUCCAAUUUUUGUUAGCGCAUUUUAGUCUUUUGUUUACAUGUACUUAUGCACUUAAAUGUUGAAUUGUACUUAUUUUGUAAAAAUUAUUUUUUAAAGCAGUAGAAACAAGCUAAACAUUUGGGCAGAGAUUAGUGUUUGUUUAUUGCAUAUAUUUUUGUUUUGUUUUAUUUAAAUGUAACAUUUAAUGAAUCUUUUGUAUUUUUUGGAAUGAUGUUAUUUUUUAUGUUUGUAUUUGUUUUAUAUUCAUGGAAAAAAUAAAAGUUUUAGAUUUUUUACUUUUUUUAAACUUUCUAUUUUGGUAAAAAACAAUUUUUUGAAAGUGCUUCCAAAAGCAACUUAAAAUGUUGGAAAGCCAAGCUAUGAUUAAAGGAACCUCCAUUACUCAGUCAUUUCCUUGCCAGUACUUCCUGUUUAUCCUCUCCUUCCCUCACUUAUUAACCAAUGAGAUUCCCUUUCUCACCUUAUGAGACCUUGUUACUCACCCUGUUUAACCAAUGAGCUGUUGCGGGGGGCGGUGGACAGGCAGUGAAAGGAAGCGGUUUUGUAUUUGACCAUUGGUGCUGGAUGAGGAAGGCCUCUGCGGUUCUUGUUCUAGUGGUGUAGUGUUGAAACUCUGGUGUAGUCUACGGUGCA